AUGAGGACUCUACUUGAGUACGGCGCCUUUUUCUUCGCUCUGGUGUCGUCCGGCUUCCUCAUUGUGGCCACCUGGACGGACUGCUGGAUGGUCAAUACUGACGACAGUCUGGAGUUCAGCUCCAGUUGCCGAGGCCUGUGGUGGGAGUGUGUGACCCACGUCUUCGAUGGAGUCACGACCUGCGAUGAAUACGACUCCAUAUUGGCUGACCUCUCCUUGAAGCUGGUGGUAACCCGAGCCCUGAUGAUUAUGGCUGAUAUCCUGUCCGGGUUUGGCUUCGUUAUCCUGCUCCUCGGACUGGACUGCAUAAAAUUCCUGGAAGAAGAACCAAGUAUUAAGAUCCGGAUCUGCUUAGUUGCUGGAAUAACGUUACUGCUAGCAGCGGUCCCUGGCAUAAUCGCCUCAGUGUGGUACGCGGUCGGGGUCUAUGUGGAGCGCACCAUGCUGGUUUUCCACAAUGUGUUCCUGGGGCUGCAGUACCAGUUUGGCUGGUCCUGCUGGCUCGGAAUGGCUGGCUCUAUGGGCUGCGCUCUAGCAGGGACCAUGUUGACAUGCUGCAUGCACUUAUUUAAAGAUGUUGGAUCCGGCCGAAAUCUGUUCCACUACGACCAUCCCUUGAGGCCAGUGCAGAGGAAGAAGCCUGCGAGACUGUCCCCUGACACCGUGCUCUCCCACACCAAGAGUGAAACAGCCAAGAUGUAUGCUGUGGACACCAGGGUUUAG